UUUUUUCUUUGUCCGGCGCAUCUUGUUAGUGCCACGGCAUCCACCCCGCAUUCACAUUUCUUUACAAAAACUUAAACCGGCCAUAGCCUGUAGGUAGUAUGUGCAUCGCACCAGAUCCCCAUGGUUUAUUCCUUGCGUAUUUCUUUUAGCUGGCCGCUUUACUCGUUUGCGAAUCCCGUGUGUCAGUCGCUUCUUGGCUGCUGUCAAGGAACGCCCUUGUGAAAGUCUGCUGUGACAGGGCCCGCAGGACCCGCUAUCUUGGGCUCGUCAUUUUUUCGCCAUCUUGCUCGAUAUACCAACUGCCCUGCAUCUGCCGCCUCCGUCUUAUCUCUGGGCACCCUCGCUCAUCCACCACCGCUCUCACCCCUCGCAGAAGCGUCUGCACUCGCCCCACCCGGCCGACAGACCCUCCCGGACAGCGUGCUGCGAGACGCCCGCGCUGCGCGCAUAUCUCCUGGUCGUCUGCAAUUGUCGACGCCGAGACCUCCUCUCUCCUCCACUGCCACCUUCUCCUCCUUCGCCAUGGCCCUGGGAUUCACGGCCGCGCGGGCGGGCGUCUCGAGGACGGCGGCCGCCUUCUCGCGCGCCACCUCGGCCAACCGCGGCUUCUCCACCUCGGCACCCCGCAGGACAUUCUCGUCGUACCUCGUCACGCCCGGCGAGGUGCACGAGGCGCUCCAGAAGAGCCCGCCGUCGUCUAUCAGCACCGACCCCCGCGUCAUCUGCCUCAGCGCCGCCUGGUUCCUGCCCAACGACCCCGAGGGCCGCACCGGCAUCGAGUCCUACCGCCAAGCCCGCAUCCCCAAGUCGCGCUUCUUCGACCUGGACAAGGUCAUCGAUCGCCACAGCCCGUACCCCCACAUGCUGCCCGACCCCAAGGGCUUCGCCUCGGCCAUGAGCGAGCUUGGCGUGCGCCGCGACGACACCGUAGUUGUCUACGACACCAAGGAGCUCGGAAUCUUCUCUGCGCCGCGUGUGGCCUGGACUCUCCGUGUCUUUGGUCACCCCAAGGUCCAUCUGCUCAACAACUUCCGCCUCUGGUGCGAGCAGGGCCUGCCCAUCGAGAGCGGCAACCUCUACAACGUCGAGUGCUGCACCUACCCCAUCCCCGAGCUCGACCACAACAAGGUUAUCGACUUUGAGGAUGUGCGCGAGAUUGCUCUUGACUACAAAAAAGAGGGCUCUGAGGGCAUCCAGGUUCUCGAUGCCCGCUCUACCGGCCGCUUCGAUGGUACUGCCGACGAGCCCCGACCCGGCCUGUCGUCCGGCCAUAUGCCCGGCGCCAUCAGCGUGCCCAUCGAUGUUCUGCUGGACCCUAAGAGCAAGGCCUUCCUGCCGGCCGAUCAGCUCAAGAAGAUCUUCCAGGACAGGGGGGUCGACCCCGCCAAGCCUGUCAUCUCGAGUUGCGGAACUGGUGUCACUGCCUGUAUCAUUGAUGCCGCAUUAAGUGAGGCCCAGUACGGGAACCCCGAGAAGAGGAAGAUUUACGACGGAAGCUGGACUGAGUGGGCGCAACGUGUCAAGCCGUCAGACUCCUUGAUCAGGAAAUCUACUGACAAACAAUAAAAAAAACGGCCAUGAUUUAUGCAGAGGACACCUCGUUUUCUCAAGUGUUGAGUUCCGCAAGCGACGACGUUUAUACCCUCCCUCAAGCUCCGUUCUUGGGUACGCAUUCAUUGAACGGCUUUCUUCGUUGUCCUUUUUGCCGUCUUUUUCUUCUUCGCACUCGCAUCCUAUCUCUCCUCACCCUGUAACGGUAUGGUAUGGACUGGUUCCGGUCUUGCUCAUUUCCUCAUAUCUCCAACCUGACUCACUCUGGUCACCAUGUCAUGUAUAUGGCUUCCGCCUAACGCUGCGUUGCUUUGUGGUGUCUGUUUAUAUCUUUCUUGCAUCAUUUGUCUUUGCGGCGCACGGGACUUUUUAGUCGAUGCUGGGCAACGGCGUAUAAUUGCAUACAUUGGUAUAUCUCCUCCC